AUGGAUGAUAACAACAGUGAUGAACAACAACAUCGACGCAUGAACCAACAACGAAAUCUUGGUGGUAUUCAACGUCCACCAAAAUUGAACGUCGGUGUUUAUGGAUGGCGAAAACGUUGUCUAUAUUGUCUUCUUGUAUUAUUAACCAUUAUAGUAUGUAUUAAUUUAUGUUUGACACUUUGGUUAACACUGGUACUUGGUUUACAUUGGGGUGGUGUUGGAAUAAUGUCACUUCAUAAGAAUCAUAUUGUUUUUAAUGGACCUACUGUAUUCAAAAACACUCUUUAUACCGAUGAAAUAAGAAGUGGAGAUAAAAGCGGUACUAAUGGUCAUUAUUCAAAAUUAGUCAUAGAUAAAUCUGGUAUCAAUGCAAAUUGUGAACAAUUUCAAAUAAAUGAUCGUUCGGGACAACAAUUAAUUGCAGUAGAUUCAUCAGAAAUUCGAGUAUUCACUAACGAUAUGUCAAUCAUUUCUGCUACUGAAGGUCGUUUAACAUUAUCAUCGAACAAUGAUAUUGAUAUGAUCGCUCAACAAACAAUUGAUUUUGUAGCAAAUAAUAUUGUGUUAAAAGGACAUUCUGUUCGUAUACAAAAUGAACAUAUUUAUUUGGAAAAGUUACAUUUUUUUGAUCGUUCUAAAGCACCCUAUUCAGUACGAAACUCUCAGUCGUAUCAGGUUUGUGUAUGUGAGAAUGGUCUAUUAUUUGCUGCUGUUGACUGCCGGCAGGCAACAUUCGAUUGUCGAGAAUAA